AGUAACAGUUAUCUUCUCUUUGUUUACAAAAUUCACGUGUCUGCCUCUACUUACACUUCUAAAAAUUCAAUAAUGUCAUCUCUUCAAUUCGAAGGAUGUAAUUUCUUCCGAAUGCGGUUGUUGUUAUCAACAUUAAGUGGGAAAAGUAUAAAAAUAUCAAACAUACGAACAGAACAGGACGAUCCUGGUUUGAAAGAUUUUGAAAUCAGUUUCAUCCGGUUGCUUGACAAAGUUACAAAUGGAUCCAAAACUGUUAUAAAUGAAACUGGUACUCAGAUAAUCUACAGACCUGGACUUCUGCUUGGUGGCGCCAUAGACCAUGAUUGUCACCCAUCUCGACCUAUUGGCUACUACUUAGAGAUGCUUAUGUGUCUUGCUCCAUUUACAAAAGAGCCUGUACGUGCAGUUCUGCGCGGAGUGACUAGUGAUAAAGAUGAUCCAUCAGUGGAUCUACUGAAGCUGUCUGUGUUUCCUGUGUUGAAAAGAUUUUUAGGAACAGAUGAUGGGCUGGAGAUGAAGAUCAACAAGAGAGGUGCCGCCCCUGAAGGAGGAGGGGAUGUGUUGUUCACCUGCCCUUGUCGUCAGAAACUCAGACCAGUCAAAUUUACACAGCCUGGAAAAAUCAAACGUAUUAGAGGAGUGGCAUGGGCAGUUCGUGUCUCUCCGGCAUUUGUAAAUCGUUUAGUCGACUCAGCUAGAGGAGUGCUCAACAAAUUUCUAACAGAUAUUUAUAUCUACACCGACCACAUGAAAGGUCACCAGUCUGGAAAAUCCCCAGGGUUUGGUUUAACUUUGGUCGCUGAAACAACAGAGGGAGCAUUUCUGGCAGCUGAAGACGUGUGCAGCGCCAGAGCAUCGGGUGAAGAUCCCACGGUGCCUGAGGAUCUGGGCAGACGGGCAGCGGUGGCGCUGCUACAGGAAAUACACAGAGGUGGUUGCAUUGAUUCCACUAGCCAAAGCCUCGCAGUCCUCAUGAUGGUUCUGGGUCAGCAGGAUGUGUCCAAGAUCCAGACAGGGGAACUCACUCCCUACACUAUACAAAUGCUGCGACAUAUUCGAGAUUUCUUCCAAGUGACAUUUAAUAUCAAACCUGAUAUCAGACCAGUUGAGACAAGCACUCAAGAAGGGGAAGAAGAAGAAUUGAGGCUUGGUGCGGACAAACUUAUUCUAACCUGCGUUGGUGUUGGCUACGCUAAUGUCAGCAAGCCCAUCAGAUAAUAUCUGGGCACUUUGCUUUGUUGUAGAGACUGUAAAUAAAAUAUCUAAAGCUA